CGCCCUGAGUGAAUCGAACUGUACGCAGAAAUUAUUGUUUUAUUUUAUUAUGGCCUGUGAUUCGUAUGAUGAAAAUUGCGAUGUAUCCGCUAUUUUCUUUGAUUUAGACAACACUUUAAUUCAAACAAGAAAAGGUGACAGCAGAGCCUGCAAUAAGCUUGUGGAGAUUUUGCAACAAGAGUACGGGUUACCCCAAGAUGUGGCUGUGGGAAGCGCGUCAAAUUUCCUGCGGGCCUUCAGGGCAAGGCCGGAUGAUGACUCUUACGCCCUGGACGAAUGGCAAACGCAUCUUUGGCGCAAUUGCCUACCAAAAAACUAUAGACACAUCGCCAAAAAUAUUUCGGCCGAAUGGAUAAAGUUAAGAUUUCAGUACUUGGCUCUAAUGCCUGAUGUCAUACAUCUGUUAGAAACAUUGCGGGAGGAUUACCUUCUCGGUCUGAUCACGAACGGGCCGUCGCGCGCUCAAUGGCAGAAGAUUGAACGGCUGAACCUCCGCAAGUACUUCGACUGCGUGCUGGUGUCAGGGGACCUGCCCUGGGAGAAGCCAGACCAGCACAUCUUUCUCGAAGCCUGCAAGCUGCUCAACGUCGAGCCACGCAAUUGCAUUAUGGUUGGAGAUAAACUGGAAACUGAUAUAAAGGGAGGAAAAGAAGCUGAGCUAGGAGGAACGGUGUGGAUACCGCUGCAGAAAGACGAUGAGUCUUCAGACCUGCCGGAUUUCACAAUCGACAAAGUAACAGAAUUGCCAGAGGUAUUGCCAAAUUCGCCUAAACUUAGGCGCUCGAAACAAAACAUAGAUAUCUGUUGAUGACAUCAUACGCCUAUAAUUCAUUACGAUUGACUUAUAUGCUCUUAGGAGUGUCCAGUCCGAAAUUUAUCAUGAGCUCUUUCUCCUUAACUUGGCGAAAUAGUGGAGUCUGUAACGCACAAAAAUCGAUAUUAAUCAACUUAGUACAUAUUUCGAAAAAAAAAAUUUUGUUGCCUAUUUCAAAAUAGCUGGCAUACGUUGCCGUCCACAGGAGCAAAAUUCCUUUUAUAAGCUAUAAUAAUGUUUUUUUUUUCACUCACAAGAGCAACUUAAUAUAUGGAGCGGAAUUCCGCAUUUUACACAUUUGAAAGAGUAAAAGUAUCGACAUUGCACAAAAACCAAGUGCUAUAUGUAGAUUGUAUGUACAAAAUAGUAAUGCACAUAAAUGAGAACUAUUUUAUGGGUAUAGGUGUGAAGUUGGUGUUAGGUUUCUUUACAUUGAAGUUGUGUGAUCUUUGUUAAUAGUAUUCGAAAUACAAUUAUUUUUAUUAAUAAGGAAUAUUUUGGGUAUCAAUUAUGUUGCGGACUUUUAUAAGUCGAAACUUCACGUACAGGUCUACAGACAUCUACAUGUUUAAUCCUUUAUUUGUGAUAUGGUAACCCUUUAUUCGUAUGACGUAUCGUCAAGCUGACAUUUUUACUGACAUAAUAAUUGUGUUGUUCUCUUUCAAUUAUUAGUGUGAAAGGGACGGCCAUAUUCUUAGAUCUAUCAGUAUUCGUGAGAGGAAGAUCUGAAAUCGGAAUCGAUCCGAUCAGGUAGUCUCGAAAUGAAAUGGGUUUCUGAGCUAUAUCUUUCUAAUUUGUAAGUUAAAUCAACUAUUGUUCCGAUUAGAAAUGUCAAAGUUUCCGAUCGGCCAGUUGUGAAUCGCAAUUAUGCGUCUCGCCUCGAAAAGACGCAGUUUUCGAUCGGGAGAGGCAAUCAAAAUCAAGCUGCUGGUUCCGUAUUUGACCUAUGACGUUGGUUCGGGUUAUAAACGUACCAAUUAGACUCAUAGUUACAUCAUUAGUUUGUAAGAUCGUCCAUUUCUCAGUUAGUUACCACGAUGUAUUCCUCACAUAAAUAGAAUAUUCCUAAGUACACAUCUAAAUGUUGUUGAAUCUUUAUUUUUUGAUACUUUUCAUAAAUAUUUUUUUAAAGAAGUUGCCAAAAAUAUAGAAUAUAUUUUCUGAUCCUUGUAGGGUUAUAUCAAAUUGUUCGACAAAUUGUUGCAUUUUGCCACUAUCAAAAAUAAAGUGCCCAUUUUUUAAUGAGAAGGCUCUUUUUACGCAGCGUAAAGUGCAAAAGCAUUCCAAAAAAGGCGCUUCUUGAUUUGUCACGCAAAUGGAGUCGCGUGGUAGUAUUACGAAUACGAAAGACUACGGCACGAUUACGUCGCGCUAGUGCCAUUCUGCUUGGUGCGUAAUAUUAAAGCGACACGCGUUGCUGGAAAUGCUAACCUCAAUUAAAUUGACACCAGCAAUUAACACUGUGCUAACUUCGAAGUUUGACAAGUUUGCGUUUGUAAUGCCAAAAUAUUAAGCUAAUUUAAAUUAAAUUCUAAAUUAAGGAAAUAACACAAAACAUAAUAAUCAUAUAUUUUAUAAUACAUGGUUGGAUACCUUGUAGUAAAAAAACAUUAACAUGUUUGAAAAUUACAAAGUGAUCGCAAUUUAUUUUAGGUCAGCGUAGUGUACAUAAUAUUUGCUGGUGUUGAAAUAUUCUGUAGCACUGCGAGUCAGUGGGUUUUAACCCUUUGUAAAUAUUUUGAGCAAUUUUCUUAGUGGAGUCAUAUUUAUUUUUCUAUUUCAUAGUCUAAGAUAUUAGAUUUAAACUUUGGUUGUUACACAGAAGUCAUUGUAUGACUAGACUGUAUUUUGUGAUAUCUACUGUUAAGUAGUUAAGAAUUUUUAUUUACUUUUUAAAAUUGCCGUUUCCUUUCAUAUUUCUUCAACUACCACUUUAAGAUGAUCUCUGAGGACCUCUGCUGCGUUUAGGUUCAUAUAAAGUCAGAAAUAAUUAUGAAAAAAUAUCGCAUUUGUAGUGGCUUCUAUUGACAAUAAUCAGAAACAAGUAAAAAGAUUGCACGUCAAUGUCUAAUGACGGGGUUAAAAUAUUUUGUUCAAAAAAUAACACACAGUGUUCACAUUUACAAAUCAAAAGAGCUUUCUUAUAAUCUAAGAGAUCACCAUAAUAGUGAUUGUAGUCUAAGUGUAAGAUUAUAAUUUUAAUUGCGUUGUCAGUGUUGUUUCAGUUUUUUGUUAUAUUAUUGUUUAGGCUGAAGAUUGAAGUUGUAUAGUCCAAAGCACAUCAAACUUGACACUUUGGAAUGUUGUUUAUAAGUUGAAUUUAUAUCUUAAGUGUCAUGCUUGACAUGCUCUUGCCCCUGUACAUGUUAGUCAUGAAAACUUAGGAUAGGACUGGGUAUAAGUAAAUACACACACCAAAACACAAAAGUUAACAUCUGCAUUAAGAAAAAAAUUGGUGAACUAGCGCAAGAUCCAGCAGUAAGUGAAGUCGGGCUGUAGAUAACAAAAAAAAAUGACAGUAGAUAGAGGGGUAGAAUGAAUAAUCGUUAUUCGAGAUGCGUACUUAUUUGUUUUACGUUGUAUAUAAUAGAAUACUGUCCCAAGAAAACACUACACAGUUGUUGUUACUUACCCUUAAAUACUUUAAAGAAGCUAGAAACUUGUCUAAUUCAAAUUAUUCCUUGGAUCAAACUAAACACUGAAGAAUAGUUUCAAAGCUAAAGAUCUACUAAACGUGAUAGAUUAAUCUCAAAGUUAUCUAUUUAUUAAACUUUAAGAGAAUAUUAAAAUGUAUUUUUGUAUAAUGUCUUC